AUGGCUAAGCGCAAGAAUGAGGCGCCUGCGAAUGGCAAGUCGAAAAAGAAGCGAGCUAUCUCUGAUGACGAGGCGCAUAAGAAUUUCCGCGACGGUCUCUUCGACAGCAAAGUACUUGAGACCUAUACGAGCGAAUACGCCGAUUCGCAGCCCUACAAGCACGCCGUAAUCCACAAUCUCGUCGACGAUACGCUCCUCCGCAAUGUCCGCAACGAAAUCCGCGAGCACAUUCAUUUCACCCCCAAAGAGACAGAUAUUUACAAGAUUCACCAAUCUGGCGAUCUUGCAAACCUCGAUGGCCUCCACGACUCUGCGCUCAAGCGCUUGCCUUCCCUACUCACCCUCCGCGAUUCGCUGUACUCGUCUGCCUUUCGCAAGUACCUAUCUUCAAUAACAGGAUCUGGACCAUUGAGUGGAGUAAAGACGGACAUGGCAGUGAAUGUAUACACACCAGGAUGCCACUUGCUGUGUCAUGACGACGUUAUCGGAAGCCGGCGCGUAAGCUGGAUUUUAUAUCUCCUAGAUCCUGAUAUUCCAUGGAAGCCGGAAUGGGGAGGCGCGUUACGACUGUACCCGACCGAACAUCUCGAGACACCAGAAGGCGACAAGGUUAGGGUACCACAACCAGAUUUCUCGCUAUCGAUACCGCCGGCAUGGAAUCAGCUCUCUUUCUUUACCGUUCAACCUGGAGAGAGUUUCCACGAUGUCGAGGAGGUCUACAGGAGAGGCUUGGAAGAAAAGGCAGAGGAGGAUGGUGGACGUAUUCGCAUGGCCAUUAGCGGGUGGUUCCACAUCCCCCAAAAGGGCGAAGAAGGCUUCGAAGAGGGUCUUGAGGAGAAGCUGGCAGAAAAGAGUUCGCUUGCUCAACUUCAAGGAGGCAAGGCGGAUGUUUUCGAUGAGCCACAAUCGCAAUGGGUAGACAACCCAGAUUGGGAAGAGCAGGCGAAACAAGAGGACGACGAGCUGACUGAAAACGACAUCGAUUUUUUGAUCAAGUUUAUGAACCCCAACUACCUGGUACCGGAUACAGUGGAGGAGCUGUCCAAUAUGUUCGGCGACGAGUCUUCGUUAAGACUUGCACAGUUCUUGUCCAACAAAUUUUCUGCACGGUUACGGGAGUACCUCGAGUCCAAAGACCACGAGGUGAACCCAAGCCUACCUAACAACCCACACUCCAAGGAGUCGAUGGUUGGAGUCGCAAGACCACCACACAAGCAGCGCUAUCUCUACCGGAAAGCAAUUCAGCCCAUACCAACGACGCCGUAUCCUGAGAAUGACGGCAUGACACCGUACGACGACCUUGUCGACAUCCUCUUUCCGCACCCGGCGUUCAUGAAGUGGAUUUCACUCGUUACUGGUAUCACAUUGACUAAGAGCAACAUCUUUGCGCGCCGUUUCCGAAGAGGUCUCGACUACACCCUCGCGACCGCAUACGAAGAGGAAGACCCGCAGCUUGAAGUAUGCCUUGGUAUCACACCCUCCCGCGGAUGGGGCGACGAAGACGAAGAGCCCGAAGAAGCAGCCGAAGAACCCAAGCAAAAUGGCAGCGGCAGCAGCAAAAAGAGCAAAAAGAAGGGUAAGGCAAAGGAACCCGAGCCUAAGCCUGAAGAAGAAGUUGGCGGCUACGAAAUGUACAUGGCUGGAGAAGAAGAUAACGAUCACCCCAACGUUCCUAAUUCUGAAGCCUCGACCUCCACUGGUGCUGGUCAGCGUCGCAAAGCGAAAGCUGAUCCUGCUAUCUACAAGUCUGCUGCGGAUGAUGAGGACGAUGGUAUUCUGUUUAGCCAGCCGGCUGCGUGGAACAACUUGGCUAUUGUACUGAGGGAUCGCGGUGUGUUGAGGUUCACCAAGUAUGUUAGUAAGAGUGCGAAGGGAGACCGAUGGGAUGUUUGUGCUGAGUAUGGCGUGGAAUUUGGGGAGGACGAGGAUGAUGAGGAUGAUGAGUAG